AUGAAAAGUAAAAACAAAUGCUCGAAAAUGCUCACCCUCCCUCUGUAACCUGUAAAAAUUUUACUAACUUACGAUUUUUUUAAAUUUUAAAUUAAAUUUAAAAUAAAAUUUAAAAAAAAUAAAAUGUAAUUUAAUCUUAUGAUUUAUUAGCGAUCUAAAAUAAUAGAUCUACCGAAGAUUUCAUUUUAUAAUCAUCAUGAACAAAAAAUUUUUGCUUGUUUGACAGACUGAUUUUUCGAAAAAGUAGAAAUUUUCAAUGGCUUUGCCUGCUCACAGAUUGGAGAGUCAGAAGAUUUUGCUCCUGAGCCUUGCCUUGCAUCAUUAAAAAAGACUUGCUAGACAAAGAUCCAAAGGAGCUUCCUACAAAUGGAAAUGCUCAUGUUAAUACUUUAGAAAUUUCAAAUAACUACAGAGAUGCUGACCAGAACCAAAAAUUCAAAGAAAACCAAAAAAAUCUGGAAUUUUCCCAGCUGCCAAUCUGCACAACAAGCUUUACAAAUCAAAUUAUUAUCAAAAAUAAAGAAGAAGAAAAUAAAUCAUUAGAUUUCAGCGAAGAGAAUAAUUUUUCGGUUCGCCUAGAUUUCGAAAGUAUUGGUUCAUUUGGAGCUAGCCCUAUUCAGCUAUGCGGAGAAGAUGAUAGUUUUAUAUCUGAGUUCCACUUCAGCUCAAAGGCAAAUUCUCCAAUAAAGGAUCAAAUUAAAGCUGAAAAUUCUCCAUCCCUUAAAAAAUCAGAGUCAUCUUAUCAUACCCCAGAGCCAAUUGUCCAGAAUUUUGUCAGGAGUGAUACACCUCACACUGAAAGAGUCACCAGAAAAAUGCCAAAAUUGCCACCUCUUACCCCUGACUUGUUUCAAAUAAAAGCAAGGCAGUUUAGAAAAGGAUUUAGAUACGUAUUAAGAGAAAGGAAAAAUAAAAGUGAGACCAAUGCGGCAGCAACUGAGCUAGAAACUGAUGUUGCUGUAGCUUAA